CGGGGCGCAGGCGCACUCGUCGCCGCGGCAGCGGGGCUGGCGUUCCCCUGGAGGCUGGGACAGAAGGUCUCACGGAUGGCCCCGCUGCCAGGGGCAGAACUGGUUCAGAGGCCACUGCAGCUCUACCGAUACUUGCUGCGCUGUUGCCGGCAGCUGCCGACCAAGGGCAUCCAGCAGCAUUACAAGCAUGCUGUCAGGCAGAGUUUUCGGGUUCAUUCAGAUGAAGACAACCCUGAGAGAAUCCAGCAGAUUAUUAAAAGGGCCAUUGAAGAUGCUGACUGGAUCAUGAACAAAUAUAAAAAACAAAACUGAGAGCCCGGAGAGUGAGCCUUCCUGGCCUCUGGAAGUUGAGAGGCCCCUCUUCUGGAGCUCAACAGCAGCAGCAGGUUUGGAAGAUCCAUUGGCCUUGUUGGCUGAAAGCUAGAAAUCAGGGGAGAAGCUGACCUUGCUUCGGAGGCUCCUCUUGCCGCGACCAUGUUGCCAGCUUCCUUUAUGUUUGCACUUCCAGCCACUUAUGAUGUGAAAUUUGGGGAGAAUGUGGUAUUUUUUUGUUUCUUUUGUGUGUUUUUUAUUUUUGUGUUUUUGUUCUUUUACUUUUCUCUGAAAGUGAUUCAUUUAUUCUGGAGAUCUCUUUAUCAUUCUCUGAGUCCCAGAGCAGAUGUCCCCUCAGGUAGCAACCUGUACAGAAGAAAGCGCAUGGGUUUUAGAAGCAGACAGAUCUGGAUUUGAAUCCCAGAUUCAGUAAGAUGAAGGUGAAGUGCCUCACACAGGAUGUGGCACAUGACAGUGCCUGAAGGGCUCCCUCCAAGGAAGCCGUCCUGCCCCACCCCCUCCUCUGCUCCUUCAGCGCCCUGCACAGCUCUGCUCCAGUACACGCCGUGUCGGGUCUCAGUUAUUUGUUUGCGAGCUUGCUCUGUCCCUGCUUGUAGCCCCUGAGCCCUCGCAGUUGUUACACACCCAGCAGUCUGCCAAAGAGCUGCUUUUCCUGACCACUGUCUCUCCAUGCCCAGGGAAGUCAAAGCCCUGGGCCUUGCCUUUAGGGAAUUGACAGUGUCUGUGAAGUGGUGAAGUGCCCACCACAUGAACCAAGGAGAGACACCAAAGCAGCUGCGGUAGACUCUGGCCUGUCCAAGCCUCUGUGCACCUGCAGUCUGUUUCCACUGGCCCUUCCCUGCUUUGCCACCAUCGUGGAAGAAUGGAAGUGGGGGGAGAAGGUGGGUGGGCUCAGGGAGAAUGACCAGAGUGGCCAGAAGAUGCAGAGAGAAGUCCCGCUGGGAUUUGAGUGUUCCCUAAGGGCACUCAGCCACAGGGAUGAACUAGUGUGUGUUUGUAUCCUUGUAAUUAUGUGAGUUAAAAUGGCUCAGAGAUAUCUAUGUGUGCGUGUGUACUCCGCUGACAAUGAAGUAAAUAUAUCAAUUUGUGGAAGCUCGUGUGUCUUCUCAACUGAUAAACCUUACAUUCCCUAA